AUGCCUCAGGUCGGAGACCCCCCUUUGGCAUCUUCCGACCUAAAAGGAUUCGUCUCUCUGAUCAGAGGGUCUCUAUUGAGGAUGGAAACCAUAAUAGGUGCAAGUUCAACUGUGAUUAUCCGUGUCCUCUGGCAGGAACGCAUGGCUGGUCUGGGCGCGCUGCCAGCGUUGGGGAGAACAUGCCUCGGAGUAGUCGUUCGUACAGCAAAACAGCAAGGCUGGGAGAAGAUCGGAAGGAGCUCACCAAGUAUCCCUGUCAAUGGAAAUCUCCCAGAGCGCGAUGGGAGGGUCACGCUCCUGAAGACGCAAACGACAUCAGACCGUAUAAAUCUUUUUAUGGCGCCCAGGCGAGAUAGUUACACACGGUUGAAUUUCGCUCCCAGUGCGCGAGUGGCGUACCCGAAUUUGGAGGCACAUACUAAUAGCACGACCGUCACUGUCUUGGAAAAGGGGAGAGGCAACAAAAUGUACACAGAGUCUGGGCCACAACUCACCGAAAUGAACAGCCAUCUUGAUUACGCUGUACAUGGCUGCUUGCGAGACAGUCAAGCAGCGAACUAUCUGUCUCGACUACCCUCGAUCAAGGAUGAGAUACUGCUCGAUCUUACGAACGUGCACACUUCAUCCUUCGAGGCCUCAAACGUUGACCCAAUCCCACUAGACUCUCCGUAA